AGAAGUCUCUACUAACAGUUAAUGAAAACAACAAAUUGUGGAUGCAUAACUUGCUACAAGAAAUGGGAAGAAAAAUUGUCCGGGAAAAAUCUAUUGAGGAACCUGGAAAACGUUGUAGAUUGUGGGAGGAAAAAGAUGUCUAUCAUGUGCUAACGAAAAACACGGGAAUCGAACAAGAUGCUCAAUUUGAAUGUCGAUGCUGUCUCGAAGAUGAAAAAAUUGAGAUUACUCAAAGUCAUUUGCCUCUCAAAUUCUGAUGAACUCAAAUAUCUUCCUAAUGAGCUACGGCUCUUAGAUUGGAUGAGAUAUCCUUUAAGAUUCUUACCUUCAAGCUUCCAACCAGACAACCUUGUUGCACUUCUGUUACCAUACAGUCGCAUUGAACAACUAUGGAAGGGAAAUAUACCGCUGUAUAAGUUGAAAGUGCUCAACCUCAAAGGGUCCGAAAACCUGAUCAAGACACCGGACUUUACAAAAGCCCCAAAUCUGGAAAUUUUGAUAUUGGAGGGUUGUAUAAGAAUAGUAGAUGUUCACCCAUCCAUCGGAGUUCUUUCGAGGCUCAAACUUUUGAAUUUAAGAAGCUGCACAAGUCUUAGGAAUCUUCCAACCAAAGUUGGAAUAGAAUCUCUUGAAACAUUAAUCCUAAAAGAUUGCAGAAACCUUAUUAGUCUCCCAAGCAGCAUAGGUGGGUGUAAAUGUCUAAAAACUCUUGAUCUUUCUGGUUGUUCUAAAGUUGAAAACUUGCCAGAGAAUUUGCGGGAACUAGAGUUGUUGGAAGAGCUCGACUUAAGUGAAACGGCCAUAGCAAAACCGUCAUCCUUCAUUUUUCAACUUAAAAAUCUUAAAGUUUUGUCUUUGAAUAGGCUCGAGGGACCAUCAUCUAAGUUACCAUCAAAUCUACCUUCUCUUUUCCAGAUAUUCCAAAGAGGAAGGAUCGAGUCCGUGCCUCUGAUGUUACAUUCAUUGUCAGGUUUGAGUUUAUUAAGAGAGCUGAAACUAAAGAACUGCAAUCUUCAUGAAGGAGAUAUUCCUAGUGAUAUUUCUUGUUUAUCCUCUCUGGAAAAACUUGAGCUUGGCGGUAACAAUUUCAUCAGCAUACCUGUGUCUGGUACUGUAGUUUCCAGGCUUCAAUAUCUUGGAUUGUCAAAUUGCGGGGAGCUUAAAUCGUUGCAUGGUCUUGGUGCUUCUAUAGAACCGUUUGCAAAUCCAUCAAAAAUUUGCUAUGCAGUGGAUUGGACACGGUUUAAUGGUCUUCACUGCUACAGAUUAGUUGAGAAUACCAAUGAAUUAACAUUGCUGAAACGACGUCUUAAGGUCGAUUAUCAUUCUUUUGCAUUUACAGAAUCUCAUUCUUGAAGAAUUAUAGUACUAGUUACCAAG